GCACCCGUUCUCUCUCUCCCACUUUUUUUUUCUUCUUCCCCCCCCUGCAGCGUUCCUCGUCCCCAUCCUAACUCCAAGUCGCCCCGCCCCACUUGCAGUUUAAGAAAGGGGGGGAAAAAAAAUCCCAAACGCUCGCGUCUACUUUUCUGCUUUCCGUCUUUGGCUGCCUCUACUCGACCUCGAGUUUCCCUUCAAUCUCCACCGUUCAGUCGUACGUCACCGCUAUGCCAGAGCUGUGCGAUGGACAUCUUGAUGAACUCUUGAAAGAAGCGGCAAGCCGCCUAGCGACUAAACAGUCGUCACUGCCGAAGGAUUGCAGCUUGAUCGCCGUCGCGGCCUUGCCUGUCGAUCCGACUACUGAAUCAAAGGCACUGCUCAAAGCACAAGACUCAAGAAGCAUUUCGCUUCGUGAUCCUAGGCCAGCGGAGGAAAAAGCACACGGUGAUGCUGGCCCCGGCUGGUUUGGGAUCCCUAAGACGGACCCUAACGACCCCGACCUGAAGCGGGAUCUGCAGAUUCUUCACAUGAGAGGAACUGCCAUUGAUCCCAAGCGGCACUACAAGAAGGAGUCGCUCAAGGCCAGGAUACCGCGUUACGCCCAUGUUGGACGUAUCGUUGAGGGCCCUACCGAAUUCCACAGCGCUCGUUUGACGCGAAAGGAACGAAAACAGACGCUGGUAGACGAACUUUUGAGCGCCGAAAAGGCGUCGGGCAAGUUCAGAUCCAAGUACGAGGACAUCCAAGUGAAGAAGGCGAGCGGCAGAAAGGCACACUACAAGAAGUUGAUAGAGCGACGCCGGCGCAACCGUCAUUAGGCAGAACGAUUAGACAAUUCCCUAUUCUCUAAUGCGCCGCAUGGUUGCACUACCGCGUAAUUUUAGUCAUGUUGGUUUUCCUAGGUGAACCCGUUGCUAGCCAUAAUAUUGCGCCUACUUGCUGGGGAGAAACCCGGACAAGUUCCAUCUUGCGGGCCACUCUUCUGCUGCAGUUCCUCGGAAUAGAGAAGAAAAGAUAGGGAAAUAGAGCAAGGGCUUCACGUGGAAUAAUAAACUUACUGCUUAUACACAGUAGAAAGGAGAUCAGUGGCUUCAAAAAUAUAAUAAAUAUGUAUGAAACCUGUAAUAUAAUGUACAUGUAUAGCAAGUGGCGCAUUAUAGUAAGUAGUAUAUAU